AUGGCGCCGGAGACAAACAACCCUUGUUCAUGGGCAGAUUGGCGAGUUGUGUCCUGGUCUGUGAUAAAAAGGCCCAAAACCAACAAGAAGAGGACAAGAGCUUGUUCAAGGUUGUUGCUUCAUAGUCUCAUUGACACCCCAGCCGGCAAGCUUUUGAACCCCGGUCCGAUCUUCCAUGCCCCUCUCCAAAGUCAACCCAGCUUUGUUUUUCAACGGCGCAAAUCGAGGCGCGCCGCCGCCGCCGCCGCCGGGGCAUGGGCCUCGAACUUCCCCGAGGCACGCAGCAAGCCCAAAGUCCCGACGAUCACAUUUUACGCCCGCAAGAACUUCCAUCACAACAAAAAAAAGCCCGAUCCCUCCCCCUCUUUUACGGGCACUGUUGGUGGUGGGCCUGGCUUCAUCGUUGGAGAAGAGAGAGAGAGAAGCCUCGGAUCUCAAGGGGGGGCGGGAACGGGGGAAAAGGUUAAUCUAUGUCAGUCGCAGGCGAGUAGGGAGACGGACACGCAUGGCAUCGGGGAGGGAGGGGUGAACGAAGCCUUCUCCGGCCUUCUCUGGUGCCUCGGCAUCGUCCACAUUUGCACAAGCAACGAAAACCUCGCAGCCCGCCCUUUCGCAAUACCCCCGUCACACAGUUUGAAGUGCCUUUUGCUUUUUGACACCCUCGUCCCCCCCGUGUGGAACGCGUACAACCCCCAGCAAAAGGCUACCUGCAUGAUGGAUCUCAAAUUCUUGUUCACUCGUUCUUGUGAGCGCCGACAACGCAAGCAAGAAAAAAAAAAGGGCGGAACGGGUUGUACAACGAAAACGUCGCCCAUCUUAGCAAAUAGGACAGCUGGCUCGGGGCUCACCGCUGGCAGAGAGAGAUCCGCCCAGAACUCUGUCGCCCGUCUCGUGUAA